GCGGAUUUGGCUACUCAGGGAGUCGCCGCACGUAGACAGAGGGGUUGAUGGAUGCCAAAAUUAAGCACACACUGCGCAUUAUUUAUACCCCAUUAGGCCCAAAAGAAAUGGCCAACGACCUUCACCCACUCCAAAGCAGCAGCCGAUCCCAGAGUACUAUUGGGAGGAAGGCUGGAAGGAGAUCUACUCCUCACCAUGGUCCAGAGAGGUCCAUCUGCAUGCCAAUGAAUUGAUGACGACAGGGGGAUCGAACGGGGCAAUACCGUUUCCCCGGCUGGGGAUCUACCCAAUCUCAAACAGUAGCCCCAGCAGAGACAUGCUGACCACCAUGGGGAAAACACAGCGAGACGCUACGAGAACGCUGCCAGUGCAAUAAAUACUUGGCGCAAAUAUUCAUCAGCAUUCAGUCUCGUUCCAAGUCUCGGCCCGAGCGUGCCAGUACAGAUUGUCAGUCGAUUGUCGAACCCGUUGCCCCAGCGAAAUACUCUGAAAAUGUUCACCUCUAUCAGAUCUCACCAGCAUCGCGCCGUCGGCCUCAUCUUACGGGCCCUCGUCGCUGGCAGCCUGCUCAUCCUGAUGAGUGCCAUCCACCAGGACACCGACGACUCCGGCUCCCACUACAUCCACCCGCGUCACGCGAUGCAAUAGCCUUGCAUCAAAGAUAACUCAGUUUUAGCGUUUAGCUUAAGUGCAACUAAAUUCUAAUCAACAGUUCACAGUCCGUUUCCUGAUGGUCGCGAUGAUCGUGACUGCGCUCACCUACUAGUAAAAGAUGUAAAUAAUAACCGGUUCCGGCCAGUGCGACAGUGGGUUUCCCUGAUGCAGGGGAGGCUAAAAAUGUCGUUUAAUUAUUACAUAUAAUCGCUGCCUAAUGCAUUUGUAACUGUCCAAUAACUCGUUGGCUAUGCAUGAAGCAGCUCAACUCUCUCGUGUGCCAAUUCUAAGUGUGUUUAUUUAUUUAUUUGUUUAUCUAAGCGGCAGAAGCACAUGUGUGCCAGCCACCGAAUAUCUUUCUCUUUCCUUGACACAGUUUAUUAUUAAGUUCUAUACUUAACAAGUUAAGAAGUGGAAUAUUGUAUGUAACUCUUCUCUUAUUUGAAAAAUAUAACAUAAAAUAUGCAAAACAUAAA